GGACUUCGUCAGUAGAAGUUGGCGCUAGUCUGGUUUGUCUUGAGCGUUGGUGGGAUUGUUCUUGGCUCAUAAAGAUACAACAACAAAAACAAGGCUAAAGAUUUUGUCAGUAAAAAAAAUCGAUUAAAUUAAUUGACGGUAUCAUUGUUGCCUUCAAGUUUUCUGCGCUGUACGUUGGUCAAUGGUCUCCACCUUGGCGACACUAGAUGCCCAGUGGAACCACCUUUUAUCUGAAUAUUUGUGCUUCAAGACCGUGUUGGCAUGUCACGAUUCCAUAUCCUUUUACUCUUCAUGGUGACCUUUAUUAGAGCGCUGAUGGGACACAAAGAAGGCUCUGGAACCACACUGCACAGCAGCUACAAUGAGGUUGUGCCAGAGGAGGAGUACUAUGCUCCCCGACUGGACUACAAAAAUCCAAGAUGGUGUCACUUUCUGAGGCUGGCCAAUGGGGAUGUGACCUGCCACUCCCCCCGUGGAGGGAACUACCACAGCACCCUGGGCACCCGCUGCGAGAUGACCUGUGACCGGGGCUACAAGCUGCUGGGCAGAACCUUGGUGCAGUGCAUGCCCAACCGUCGCUGGUCUGGGACCAGUCACUGCCGCCAGGUUCGUUGCAAUGCGCUGCACCUGAUCUGGCACGGCACGUACCACUGCACCCAGGGAUAUGUGGUGGACUCCAGGUGUGAUUACAUCUGUGAGCCGGGGUACCGGAUCGAGGGGGACCACUCUCGCACCUGUCUGGAUGGGGGGUCCUGGAGUGGGGCAGAGCCCAUCUGUGAAGAUCAUGAUCCUCCCAAAAUAAAGUGUCCCCUGUCCCGGGUGAAGGUCGCAGAGCCUGGGAAACUAACCGUCAGAGUGUCCUGGGACCCGCCGGUUGCCACGGAUACUGCUGAUAAAACACUAGAUGUAACGCUGAUAGGCCAGCGCCCAGAUACCAACUUUAAAGAGGGGAUAAACAUUAUCCGGUACACAGCACACGACCAAGCCAGGAACAGGGCUGCCUGCAAGUUCAUUGUUCGGGUUGAGGUCAGGAGGUGUCCAGUCCUCAAGCCCCCUCUCCAUGGUUACCUCACCUGUGACUCUGACGGGAACAACUAUGGGGCGGUGUGCGAAUACCACUGUGACGGGGGCCAUGAGAGGCGGGGGACCUCCAGCCGAGUCUGCCAGUUCGACCGCAGCUGGACUGAGGCCCCCACCGAGUGUGUCACAAUGGAGUUUAAAACAGAUGUGAACACAGCUUCUGCCCUCCUGGACCAGUUCUAUGAGAAGAGGAGGAUUCUGAUCGUGUCGGCACCUAACGUAGCCCAUGGAGACUACAAGCUCCAGAACCUUAUGGUACAGAAAGCAGAUUGUGGUCUGGACCUAAGACAAGUGACGGUGAUUGAGCUGCUCGGUUCCCCCCCUCGAGAAGUGGGCCGCAUCAAGGGACGUCACCUGGACAUUGAGGUCAUCGAGGGUCUGAGGCAGGCUUUCCGGAUCUCCAGAUCCUACUUCAACAUGGUGCUGUUGGACAAGGAUGGUGUGGACCAUGAGAGAUUCAUCACUCCCACCACAUCCGAUGAGCUCUUCUCAUACAUCGACAAUAACCUGUUGGAUGAAGAAGAACGACAGCGGCUGGAGUUACACAGAGACUACUGUGACUAAGACAUCAUAGUGCCACCUGGUGGUUUGGAGAGGUCAGACACUUAUACAGAUAGUGCAGAGGAAAAAGCUCUGCUAUGGAGAGAUACAAUCAACCGAGGUGGCACAGAAUAGAGAGAGAAACAAGGAAACACGCAGAUAACAGCUCUGGUAGUCAGAUGUUUCCACUGGCUGAUAGAUAAUGAUCUGAUAUAUUUAGAUAUUAGAGGUAGCCUGUUUUACAGGUCUUAAAAUAUAGUGUAUGUACGUACCUUUUUUACUUCACUACCCAUACUGCACUGUAACAAAACGUGGAUGAUUACAGGUUUAGGCAUUUCACAUAUUUAUUAGGUGAAUAAAAUAUUUGAUACAGCCAUAGCAGUGGAGGCUGCUGAGGGGAGGACGGCUCAUAAUAAUGUCUGGAACGGCGGGUAUGGAAUGGCAUCAAACC